ACAACUUUACAUCAAUCUUUGCCAAGGACACAGUGGCCGACAAAUGGAGCCAGAGUUUGAAUUAAUGUCAGCUCAUCCAGGAGGCCCAUCUCAUCCAGGGGGCCCACUGCUACUGGUCCACAAGGCUGACCUCUCACCAGAAGGGUGCGCUCUCAGAAG